AUCGGUACAGAUUGACCUCUGACUUGUGUGCGCACACAGCAAGGCCCGAGGGAGUGCCGCAGGAGUUAAGAUGACUUUAGGGGACCACGUGACUGGAAAGAGGUGUCUGAAGGGAUUAGUGAUGAAGAUAUAAAAGCAUGGCGCAGAUAGCAAAUGUCACAGACAGAAGCAGGAGAAGGAGGAGAGAUCAGUGGUGGCCUCUUGGGAUAUUUCCAUCAGAGAACAAUGAACGGCGGCCCACCGGCAGGAAGCGCCCUGGCCCCUGGCGGAACCACUGGCCCAACUACACCCAAGAAAGGCCCGCCCAAAUUCAAGCAGAGGCAAACUCGUACAUUCAAGAGCAAGGCCCCCAAACCAGGCCAGAGGGGCUUCGGUGACGACAUCCCCGGCAUGGAGGGUCUCGGCACGGACAUCACAGUCGUGUGCCCAUGGGAAGCCUUUGGCGACAUGGAGCUCAGCGACUUGGCCAAAUACGGCAUCAUUUAAAGCCGCUCUCUUCCCUCCCUCCCUCCCUCCAUCGCUCCUCGGCUCGGCUCGUCGGGAUAAGGUGGCC